CUAAGUCACAGAGGUUCAGCCCACAGAUUCAUCUAUCUAUUCCCCAAUCCUAUACCCUCAACAUUCUCAAACUCUUUCUCUCGCCCUUUCCAUCUUGUCCUUCACAAUCACAACAACAACCACCACCACCACCACCUGUGAGGGAGUGGCCGAGAGAGAAGAUUUGCCGGCGGGAGGCAAAGAGUUCCGACCGAGGAAGAGAGUGUUCCGACCGAGAUAAAGAGUUCCGGUGGCGUUUCGCGGUAACACGGCGGUGACGGCAGUGACGGAGCUUCUUUCUCCUUCUUUUCUCAGGCUCUAUGAAAGAGGUAGUUUUUGCAGGACUAUUAGGAGGCCAGUUUUACUGUGGAAAAUGCAGGAUGCCAAGAACUGCUAUACUUAGGUUUUUAGAAAGAACUGCACAAGACUUGCUUCAUGCAGCAUUUUGCAGAUAAAUGAUGGAUUUUGAUUUAGCUUGAAGGUUUUGAUCAUCUGUUAUAAGAGGAUCUAUGAAAGAGGCAGGUGGAAAUUCUAAUCCUAACGGCGACUUCAAUCCUUAUGAGACUCUCUGUGUAAGCCCUAUCGAGAAGUUCGACACGAUCAAAACAACAUAUACUAAGAAAAAGAAGGAAGCUGAUAUUAAGGGUGAUGAAGAAACUGCUUCCAAAAUUCAGCAAGAAAAGGAAUAUGACAAACUUUUGAUGGCGGAAUUGAGUAAUCGGAAAAGGGGUGUCACUUCUGGAUCAUUUAAGGUUUCAAACGAGAUAAAGUAUGCCGACAAGCAGCCAAUUAUAACUUGGGGACCAAGGUCUGCUAAAUCAAGUGAAAAUGAUGUGCGCAUCAACUUGGCAAUAGCUGCUGCUUUUACAGCUUGGAUCGUGGUCACCCGUAGUGCUGAUUAUAAACCUUUGCAGUUUUCAGCCUUUGCUUUUGUAUAUAGGCUUUUUGUGAAGUUAAAAUCCUUUGAAUUUGUUUGGCAAUAAGGGAAACAUUGAGACACUUGUGAAAUUCCAUGAGUUUCCUUUUUGAUCAGAUCUUGCAUUUAGUAGAUGUGGUUUGGAUGUUUGGUUAGUUCUCAUUUAUCCUUAACAUUUGUUGUCAUUUAUAUGAAGGAGCGAAACAGCGGAUUGAGGAAUCAAGGCCCAGAGACAGAGAGAGCAACUCUUCUAGAAUUUAUAGGUGCUUUUGAGUCUGUAUUAGGUGGUAGUUUAAUUAGUGUAAAUGACAAUGUUAGCAAGUGAAGUUGUGGCUUUGAAGAGAUAUUAGUAGUUUAUUUAGAAGGAGCUUUAUCUUUGCAUAAGGAUUGACUAUUGAAACCGAUUUUCAUAAUGAGUCUGAUGUGUGGAUAUAAAUAGUGGAUCAUAUAAGUAAAGAUUCAUUUUUUAAA